AUGGCCGCAGCUCUCAAGAACAAUGUCGAAGACACAAAGCACGCAGCUUUGUCCCCUCGACUCAAGGGUCGGGAAAAUGCGAAGGACACACUGUGCCGCAACGUAACCAUUUACGGGAAAUGUCGAUACGAGGAUAAGGGCUGUGCUUUCAAUCACAAUAUAGAAAGAUCCACCUCCGAGAGUGGACAAAGCGACAGUCAGUCCAAAAAGACACUCAAUGUCGACUCUCCCAGUUUCACUCCUUCCUUCUUGUCUCCGAAUGGCGCAAAUCCCUCCGGCAAGCCGUCCGCCGGCAUCUCCCCAAAGGCGGCAAGCGCAGCUCCCUUCAUGCCCAAGGCCAUCAUUUCCCGAUCAUCAAAUGCAACACCCCUUCGGCAAGAUGCACGAACGCCAGAUUGGGCUCUCGCGGACGUGCAGGAGUUUGUCCCCAGGCGGGCUCAAGAAUCAGCGCUGACGAAUGAAAACGAAAUUCCUGUCACGCACAAUUUUGAAACAUUUCAACCAGGGCCUGCCCCCAAUCCAUACCUCGAUCAUGGUAUGAAUGGAGCCGCCUUCUUUCAAAGCAACACGGGCUUCCAGCUCCCGGUGCAAUAUCAUCAGUAUGCGCCCAUCGGGCAUUACAGCAGCAACCUUGCCCCCUAUCAGCGCACAGUACACGACCUGUUCAUCCCCAAUGAUCUACGCGAAGAAAUCCAAAAACAACUUGCCGCAACCCUCCAAACUCUACCUAACUCUCAGCUGCCCAGCCACAUUGAAAGUUAUCAUUCUCUAGUACCACUUGACACUAAUCAGAAAAGCUCGGCAAUCUUUGGAGGCUACACGUCGUGGGUAUACAAAGCCCAAUCCAGCACCAAUGGCCACUACUAUGCUCUUCGCCGAAUUGAAGGCUUCCGUCUAACGAACGAACUCGCCAUUCGCUCAGGGCAAGCUUGGAAGAAUCUGAUCAAUGCCAGUGUUGUUCGGGUGGUGGAUAUUUUCACAAACCGCGGAUUCGGCGACAGCUCUCUUUUCAUUGUGACAGAAUAUCACCCUCUGUCCAAAACUCUGGCAGAGCACCACCACAUAGGCCAGAAUUGGCAACGGCCUGCCCGGUCGAGCAAAGACCAAGUUGCAGAACCAGUCCUGUGGAGCUACAUCGUGCAAAUUGCCUCGGCUCUCAAAACAAUCCACAGCAGUGGCCUUGCUGCGCGUGUGCUCGAUCCCAGUAAAAUUCUGGUGACUGGGAAGAACCGAAUCCGACUCAACGGGUGCGGGGUCCUGGACAUUAUCCAGUUUGAUGGCAACAGCGCCGUCCCCCUGGCCCAAUUACAGAGGCAGGAUCUGGUGAACUUCGCUCUGGUCAUUCUCUCUGUCGGCUCCGGAACAGCAGACGCUGGAACUAACUUCGCGCGGAGCAUGGAUAUGUUUAAGAGAUUCUACAAGCCCGAGCUCCAGAACACUGUGGUGUGGCUCUACUCGGCCAUGCAGAACCAAGACAAGACGAUUGAGCAGUUUGUGACGUUGAUCUCCAACCAGAUGAUCACGGCCUUCAAUGCCGCCCUGCACACAGAUGACACCCUGUACUCCGAGUUAAGCCGCGAAGUCGAGAACGCCCGGCUGGUGCGCCUGAUGGCGAAGUUGAAUUUCAUCAAUGAGCGCCCGGAGUAUGAACACGACCGAGCGUGGUCGGAGAAUGGAGAGAGGUAUUACCUGAAACUGUUCCGGGAUUACGUCUUUCAUCAGGUGGACGCCCAGAGCCGGCCGGUGGUCGACCUUGGUCAUGUCCUCACCUGCUUAAACAAGCUGGAUGCGGGCACGGACGAACGGAUCACACUCAUCAGUCGCGACGAGCAGAGCUGUUUCAUUGUCAGCUACCGAGAGUUGAAGAAGGGCGUAGAAUCAGCCUUCCAGGAUCUUUUAAAGAGGAGUGGGCCGCUACGUUAG